UAUCUUAGACAAGCUGAUAGUAGCGUUUACCCCACACACAAGCCAUUUAGCCGGGGGUCGGUCCGAUCGUGGAGAUGCGACUGAGACGACGACCGACCAGUGCCCCAGUCAGUGUCAAGCGGUCAGCCAAGCCACAGGCAAACCACAAAUAAUACUCCAGAAGCGGCAGCAGCAAUAAGCUGAGCUCUCCUCCAACUACUGCGUCGAUUGCAGCCUAAUUCAAUUAAAAUUAAAACGCAAAUCUACGGCACACAGUGAAAUUGCCCCAAAUUUCCGACAAUUAUAUGAGAGGGAAGUAGUCAGUUGUGUGGGCAGCGAUAUCGCCGACCAUGAGCUCUCCCGUCGAAAGUCUCCCAAUGCAUCGCUCCACAUCGAUGCCCGUGAAGCCCAAGCCCCUGGAGACGAAGCCACUGGCCCGUUCCAGCGAGAAGGAAGUGGUCAAUGAGGCGGAUUACUAUCCAGAGAGUCCGGGAUUUGUGAGGCGCCGCAAAUCCCGAUCGCCAGCCGAUCACUUCGAGACGCGCAGUGAGCAAAAUUUUCCCUUUACACACGACUGGGCGGGCAGCACCAUUGAACUGACACCGGAAACUGGCUACGGGGAUGGUGGCCACAGGCGCAGCCUCCAUCGUGUGAUGGAUAAGAAUGGCAACGAGAAUGUGGUCUUUCGUCGCAUACCGGAGAAGUCGUGGCGCUAUAUGCGCGAUGUCAUCACUACGCUGAUGGACCUGGAAUGGAAGUACAUGCUGACCCUCUUCGUGGGCAGCUACUUUCUCAGCUGGCUGCUCUUUGCCGUACUCUGCUAUGUGGUGGCCUACUCCCAUGGCGAUUUCCUCUUCGAUCAGAUCAGUGGCGUGCGUUUGGGCGAGGGCGACAAGCCCUGCAUCUAUGGCGUCACCUCAUGGAUGACCAUGAUCAUCUAUUCGGUGGAGACGCAGAGCACGCUGGGAUUUGGCGAGAAGUACGCCAGCGAGGAGUGCCCGGAGACCGUGUUCCUGUUCAUAAUGCAAAUGGUCUGCGCUGCCCUCAUCGAGGGUAGCAUGGUGAGCCUUAUCUACGCGAAGACCGCACGCCCCGCCAGGCAGUUGACAAAGCUCAAGUUCAGCGAUAAGGCGGUGAUCUGCUAUCGCGAUGGUAUGCUGUGUUUGCUCUUUCGCGUGUGCGAUCCACGCGAGCAGCAGUCCAUCGAGUCCAAAAUACGCGUCUACAUGAUUGUGGACAAGCGCACACGCGAGGGCGAGCUGGUUAAAACGCACACGGAACUCAAGCUAGAGGGCAACGGGGAGCAGUUGUUCGUGUGGCCAGAUAUUGUGUGCCAUGUGAUCGACGAGUCCAGUCCACUGCAUCAGUUCAGCAAUGCGAGGCUCUUCAAUGCGGCACAGUUCGAGCUGUAUGUGUCCAUUGUGGGCACCUCCCCGGCCACCGCACAGAUGACGGAGGCCAAAACCUCGUAUGUGCCGCGUGAGAUCUUCUGGGGUCAGCGCUUCGUCAAUAUCAUUCACUACGAUGUCACCAACGAGCGCUAUGUGGUCGACUAUGAGAACUUCAAUCGAACCAUUUCUGUGGACAUGCCGCUGAAGCAGCUGCCAGUAAACAACUCCAAUCAGCUGCGCCUGGAGUACAGAAGGGAAUGAUGUAAUGAUGUAAACAAUUUGCUGGCUCCUGUAUACAAAAUUCUUUUAAAGAUUCAUCAGUAACAAACAGUUGAGCAUUAAAUAGCUUGGUAAAAAUAGUAAAAAUAAUUGUAAACGCUUUAAAAAUGCAUAAUAAAAGACACAUCACUCGCCAGCGGA